UUUGCGAGCUAUUGCCGUUACACAUUCGUGCAGCUCUGAGUCUCAAGAAGAUUUGAAGAUGUCCGGCAGAGGCAAAGGAGGAAAGGGUCUUGGAAAAGGAGGCGCAAAGCGUCACCGCAAAGUUCUUCGUGAUAACAUCCAGGGAAUUACCAAGCCUGCAAUUAGGCGUCUGGCCCGCCGUGGUGGUGUGAAGCGUAUCUCUGGUCUCAUCUACGAGGAGACCCGUGGUGUGCUGAAGGUUUUCCUGGAGAACGUGAUUCGUGAUGCUGUCACCUACACCGAGCACGCCAAGAGAAAGACUGUGACUGCUAUGGACGUCGUCUAUGCUCUGAAACGCCAGGGCCGUACACUGUACGGUUUUGGUGGUUAA